UCGGAGAGGGGGAGCUGAGCGCAGGACGCGAAGGGCCCGUGGAGGGUCGGUCCCUCCCGGGUCUCGCCUGGGGCUCUCCCGAGGACAACCUCGGGAGGCAAGGCCCCUCGGCGCAGCCCAGCGGCCACGAGGCCGUCUUGCCGGUGUCCGACCGGGUGUCACGCUGGACGCUCUGCCUCCUCUUUGCGCCGUGCGCCUGGCCU